AUUGAAUCAGGAGUACAAAAAAUCACACACACACACAGAGAUAUAUAUAUAUAUACGUGUUCAUUGAUUUUCUGAAACACAACAAAAACUUCCUUAGAAAUUUGAGAAAGAAGAGAUGGAGUCUGUAAAUCCUCGGAGCGGAUUCUGCAAAUCGAAUUCGACGUUCUACAGCAAACGACCGCCGGUUUCUUUGCCGGCAAAUCCAUCGCUCGACAUCAAGACCUUCAUCUCGUCUCAGGCCCACCGUGGCAAGAUCGCCUUCAUCGACGCCGUCACCGGAAAAAACCUCAGCUUCUCCGAGCUAUGGCGGUCUGUUGACUCAGUCGCCUCCUGUCUCUCCGACAUGGGUAUCCGCAAGGGUCAUGUCGUGCUCUUGCUGUCACCGAACUCCAUCUUCUUCCCCGUCGUCUGUCUCGCUGUCAUGUCCCUCGGCGCCAUCAUCACCACCACCAACCCUCUCAACACCUCCGGCGAGAUCUCUAAACAGAUCUCGGAUUCCAAGCCCGUCCUUGCAUUCACCACCGCCGGUCUCCUCCCCAAAAUCGCCGCGGAUCUCCCGAUGGUGCUCAUGGACGAGGAGGAGCGAGUGGAUUCCACGUGCGGCGCGAGAAUCGCGGGGAUAUUGGUGGAGAUGAUGGAGAAGAAGCGGCCGAGUGAGAGCCGAGUCAGGGAACGAGUCGACCAGGAUGACACGGCGACUCUUCUGUACUCGUCAGGGACCACAGGCGCGAGCAAGGGGGUCGUCUCCUCCCACAAAAACCUAAUUUCGAUGGUUCAGACAGUGGUUAAUCGAUUCAGAUCUGAAAACGGAGACCAAGGAGAACAUAGAUUCAUCUGUACAGUGCCUAUGUUCCACAUCUACGGCUUGGCCGCGUUUGCGACGGGUCUCCUCGCUUGCGGAUCCACCAUCAUCAUACUGUCCAAAUUCGACAUGCACGAGAUGAUGUCGGCGAUCGGACAAUACCGAGCCUCGUAUCUCCCACUCGUGCCUCCAAUAUUGGUCGCCAUGGUCAAUGGCGCUGAUCAGAUCAAGCGCAAGUACGAUCUGAGUUCGCUGCAAUCUAUUCUCUGCGGAGGAGCUCCACUGAGCAAGGAGGUGAUCGAGGGUUUCGUGGAGAAGUACCCAAACGUCAGGAUUCUUCAAGGGUAUGGGUUGACCGAGUCAACGGGGAUGGGGGCUUCGACGGACACGCUGGAGGAGAGCCGGCGGUACGGAACCGCCGGAUUGUUGUCGCCGAGCAUGGAGGGGAAGAUCGUGGAUCCGGACUCGGGCCGGGCUCUCGGGUUGAACCAGACCGGCGAGCUCUGGCUCAAGGGUCCAGCGAUCAUGAAAGGUUAUUUCAGUAAUGAAGAAGCAACGAGCUCGACUCUUGAUUCAGAAGGAUGGUUGAGAACUGGAGAUCUCUGCUACUUUGAUGAAGACGGAUUCAUCUUCGUGGUUGAUCGUUUGAAGGAGCUUAUCAAAUACAAGGGUUACCAGGUCCCUCCAGCUGAACUAGAGGCUCUGUUACUUGUUCAUCAAGAAAUCGUAGAUGCUGCAGUCAUCCCGUUUCCGGACAGGGAGGCAGGGCAGUUUCCGAUGGCCUACAUCGUACGGAAGCCCGGAAGCAAGCUAUCAGAGAAGAGCGUAAUGGACUUCGUGUCUGAACAGGUUGCGCCGUACAAGAGGAUUCGGAAGGUUGCCUUUGUGGCUUCGAUUCCUAAGAAUCCGUCGGGGAAGAUUCUGCGAAAGGAUCUUAUAAAGCUCGCCACCUCCAAGCUUUGAAAAUUCAGAUGCCUUUUUUCCUAUUGCUUGCAUUUAGCGAUAUCAUGUUUUAGGGAUAUUUUUUCUCUCUCAAUUUUGGUGUUUAAUUUCCCAAUGGAUAGAGAACGAAAACAAAUAUCUUGCAACGUGUCUACUAUUUAAUUAUAUA